UAAUGAUACCGAGGCAAAAAUUUUAAAUUUGUUGUCCCCAAAGACAACAUUUGGAGAUUCGGCAAUUCCAGUGCCAAAUGUUAGUUUUUCGUUUGAGGAUUUGAAUCAACAGAGAGCCGAUCCAACUUCACCGAAUGCGGGCUAUAAUCUGUAUAAAGAGGAAGGACCGAUAGAAACCCCACCUGAUGCAAGUUUGUUUCAGUCACAAAUUCAAAAUGAGAUGCGAGAAGAGCAAACCGAAAAGAAUAGCCGCAAACGACUAUUUAAAUCAAAACGGCUCGACAGCUCAAUAAACACGGCAAACAACCUUAUUGAAAUAGACAAAGAAAAUAAAAAAACUACCGACACAUAGUUUGAAGCCAAAUGUAAAUAUAUGGAGUGGCGGCAAAAAAUAUGAACAAGUCAAACUAGAAAAACUGGACCGGAGCAACGAGAUAUAUGUGAAAGUUUUAACUGAGUUAAAAGAACUGAAGCAUAUAAUUUAAAAUAAAUAAGUUAUCAUUUU